CCGGAGUUGAACUCCAGAAGAUGCAUGACUCUGAUUCAGCGGUAGGAUGCUAACGGCGCGAAGCGCACUCAUUCAUCUUGGAUAUGGGUCCCGGUGGGCGUUCCUCAGACCAUCCUGGCUGGGCUACUCGGCUCGACUACAAGGUUUGAGACCUGAGCGUCGAAACGCCGCACGAUUUCCGCCAGAAACAGCGAUGCUCGGCGCUUUCAGAAAACGAGUCUCCGGGGCUCUUAGUCAGACCUGACAGAACCCUCUGAGGCUCGAGUCGUCGUGACAAUGUGAAGGACCCUUUAUAACCAACUGAAUUGGACACCGAAGAGGCGCCAGCUAAACAAAGGCAAGGCUUGCCUCAAUUGCCGGCGCAGGAAAGUCGUACGCAGUCUCGAGUCUUGUCCUCUUGUUCAAUGCAAAUCUUCGGACUAGAAAUGCGACGCCAAGAGACCGAUCUGCACUCCGUGCGAGAAAUUCACCGGCGGUGGAUGCAUUGAUUGCGAAUAUUCGGACACCGGCCUGGCUCAAUCGCAGGUUCUUGAAGAGCAAAUCGCGCUUGUUCAAAUGCGGAUACGCGAGUUGGAACAACCGGAGCUACAGAACGACCUGGUCAACCUGCAGAAUCCGUUCGCGGAGACUGCCCAGAGCCAAAACAAUUGGGAUCCUAUGCCGGAAACGUCUGGAAUAGCCUAUGGAAUGUUAAUCGAUGCCUUUAUGGUACAGGCCAAAUCUUUAGGAUUCUUUCUGAAUCCUCGUCUUUUCGACCCUCUUCUGGCUGGAGAGAUUCCAAGCCAGCUGGUCAACCCCGCCCUUUUGAAUGCAAUCUGUCUUUGGGGAGCCGCAUUUCUUAACGACUCGGAUCUCGAGUCCACGAUGCUUACUUGCGCAGUGCAGGCUGUGUCGUCGGGUCUGGCCAACGCACACAGCGCGAUCAUGGUUCUCCAGACGCUCCAAGCCUCGCUGCUCCUGUCGCAAUACUUUUUCCACCGCGCACGAUUGCUGGAAGCGCGCUACCACGCGACGUGCGCGCUGUCCAUCGUCCUGGGCGCCGAGUUCCAUAAAAUCCGGUCGGCGACGGCAGCGCGGACCGGACUGUCCGAGAUGACGCCCGCGGUGACCAUGCUGGAGGAGGGCGAGCGUAUCAACGCGUUCUGGGCUGUCCUCGCACAGAAUUGCUGCUUGUCCGCGAUUGCGGAUCCCGCGUCUGGAUCGAGUGUGAGCUAUGACGUGGUCGAUGUUCCGUGGCCGUUAGAACUAGAGGCGUACGAGAUUGACUCGACCCUUCUCCCCAUCCAAAACUGUGGAACGAUCACGAAAUUCCUGUCGAACCGUGUUGACCAAGGCCGUUCGACUCCAGCGCUUCAAGCCAAAUCAGCCAUUCUCUUCGAGCGAGCGUCGCUCCUCUGCGCUCAAGCCACCGAUCAGACUGUGUUUUCCGCGCAGCACAUCGGCUUGAACCACUCCAUCGAGUCGUUGAAGCAGGCGAUACUCGCCACCAGCAACCGCACUUCGGGUCUCUCGCUGGCGCAUACAUUGGCGCAUGCGGCGACGCUGCUGCUCCAUCAGCCGUUUGCUGACAGAUACGACGAAUCGCGGCAGUGCAUGCUGCGCUCGUGCCGAGCCAUCGUGGAGUUCGGACGCAGCCAGGAUUGGACGUCGGCGGAAUAUGUCGAUCCGGUGCUGGGGACGAUCUGGUCGCUCGCCAUCAACGUCCUGGUUUCGGAGAUCGCGCGACUGAAGCACAGAGGCAGUCCCGCUAGCCGCAACAUGUUGCGUCAGUUCAACCAAGCUGGCGUGGACGUCUUAUCGGCCAUGACAAGCGGAGCUGCGAGUUCGAAGAUGAUAGGUGACCGUUUGCAUUUGCUUGGGGAUGCGUGCAAUUGCUUACACCUGCUCGAUCUGACACACAGAGAUGCAGCUGGCUGCGGCGAGAGAGCACUGGCAGCGUGUGAUGGCCAGCUAGGUUUGAAAAGGUAGCUGUCUCUAGGAGAAUCAUGC